CCUGAGUCGCCUUGCGCAGGCGCUGUUGAGUUGACGGCUCGUUGGGUUUGCGCUCACAAACCUGUGUGACCUAGCCCGGCCUCUUUCUCUUUUUGACAGGGUAUUCCAAGGCGUAGAGGCGACCACCACACGAAAAACAGAGAUUACAGACUUGGAUCCAGACAGCGCCAUGGGCAGCAGCUGCCGCAUCGAAUGUAUAUUCUUCAGCGAGUUCCACCCAACGCUGGGACCCAAAAUUACCUAUCAGGUCCCUGAGGAUUUCAUCUCCCGAGAGCUGUUUGACACGGUCCAGGUGUACAUCAUCACCAAGCCCGAGUUACAGAACAAGCUUAUCACUGUCACAGCCAUGGAGAAGAAGCUGAUUGGCUGCCCCGUGUGCAUUGAACACAAGAAGUACAGCCGCAAUGCUCUCCUCUUCAACCUGGGCUUUGUGUGUGAUGCUCAGGCUAAGACUUGUGCCCUGGAACCCAUCGUUAAAAAGCUGGCCGGCUACUUGACCACGCUGGAGCUUGAGAGCAGCUUUGUAUCCAAUGAGGAGAGCAAGCAGAAGCUGGUGCCCAUCAUGACCAUCCUGCUGGAAGAGCUGAAUGCCUCCGGCCGCUGCACUCUGCCCAUCGACGAAUCCAACACCAUCCACUUGAAGGUGAUCGAGCAGCGGCCUGACCCUCCUGUUGCGCAGGAGUAUGAUGUGCCUGUCUUUACAAAGGACAAGGAGGAUUUCUUCAGCUCGCAGUGGGACCUUACCACACAGCAGAUCCUGCCCUACAUUGAUGGAUUUCGCCAUGUCCAGAAGAUCUCCGCUGAGGCAGACGUGGAACUCAACCUGGUGCGCAUCGCCAUUCAGAACCUGCUGUACUAUGGUGUUGUGACACUGGUAUCCAUCCUCCAGUAUUCCAAUGUGUAUUGCCCAACACCAAAAGUCCAGGAUCUGGUGGAUGACAAGUCCCUGCAAGAGGCAUGUCUGUCCUACGUCACCAAGCAAGGACACAAAAGAGCCAGUCUCCGAGAUGUGUUCCAGCUAUACUGCAGCCUGAGCCCUGGUACCACUGUGCGAGACCUCAUUGGCCGCCACCCCCAGCAGUUACAACACGUUGAUGAAAGGGCUAGCGUGUCCGGAAUAUCACCUCUCCCCCCGACAAUCACUCAGGAAGCUGAUCCAGUUUGGGCUGAUGAAGAACCUUAUCCGGAGACUACAGAAAUAUCCAGUCAGAGUGUCUCGGGAGGAGCGGAGCCACCCUGCCAGGCUUUACACAGGCUGUCACAGCUAUGAUGAGAUCUGCUGCAAGACAGGCAUGAGCUACCAUGAGCUGGACGAGCGACUAGAAAAUGACCCCAACAUCAUCAUCUGCUGGAAAUGAGGCUGGCUGGCUGGAGCAUGUUACUAUGGCUACUUGCCCCUACUAAGGCCUCCUUGGUCCACAGGAGCUAGACACGUUUGGUUGUACAUACGGUCUGGAGGGUGAGACUCGGUUUUGUAAAUAAAGUUAUGUGUUUCAUCCUGUGGAA